AGAAAAAGAAGCCUAUAAUUUCUGCAAUAAAUAAUCUAACUCUCGUAUUACAGAUCAAUUGUGUAUGUGAAAUCAAAUUAUGCAUCCUGAAUCUCUACUGUAACAUAAACAUAUCUGAAAGCAACAAAUUUUUGAGAGUCUCAAGUCUCAACCCUCAUAGUCUCUCACCUAGACGACGCCCAGACACCAUCGGGCCAUCGCCGGAGUCUUCUCCGACGUCUCUGCCUCUCCGACUCUCCGUGGGUUCGUGAGCCAGUCUCCGGCUAUCCGGAAACCCUAGAUCGGAGAUCUUCUUCGAAUCCUUCAAUCCGUGACCUGGCCAUUAAGUAACAGCCUAACAGUGCUGGCCAAUCAGCAAUUAAGGAGUGCUGGCCACUCAGAAAUGGAUCGGGUAAGACCCGGGGAGCCCAAUAGUUUAGAAGCUUCACUGACGCAAAUGAUCAACGUUCACCAUUAUAGGUCACUCAAGCUCCGAGCAUUUACAGAGGAAUCGAAGAAAGGUGCGGUGCAUAGUGCGAACCGGGUUUCAAAUCUUCUGGUCGAUGCGGUGAACGGCAGUGUCCAAGAGGCUUAUGUGAUAGAGAAGAAGAUCGAAUUGGAAAUUCGAGCGUUGGCGGCCGCCAUUAUGCGGUUCGGAAAGCAAACCGAUCAGUGGCUCGCCUCUUCUCACGCUAUCAAUACUGCAAUUAAGGAAAUUGGAGAUUUUGAGAAUUGGAUGAAGACCAUGGAAUUUGAUUGUAGAAGUAUCAGUGCUGCGAUCCGUAACAUUCACCAAUCAUAGUAUAACUAAACCUCCCCUUGCCUCUAGCUUAUACAUCAAGUUCAAUCUGUCAUUAAUUCUUGACAUUUCUUGUAUACAUGUACAAUCUAUUAUAGAUGAUUUUUAUGCAAUUACUCUAACCUUAGAAUCUUGCUCUGAUCGACAAGUUGCCACAGCUCUGAAAUGGCUGUUUUAUACUUUUUUUUCAAUGGAUUGUAACUCUCUUAAGAGAUUCAUUUUAAUGUAACUUGAGAUUCACAUCCUGAGUAUUUAUUUAUUUAUUUGGGUUUAAA